AGAUAGUUAAAAGGGUAUUUAACUAACCAGGCCUAGAGCCGCCCAAGGAGCUAAAUCGAUGCCCAGCCAAAUCAGAGUUGGGUUUCGUUGUUCCAACCGUUGAUGCAUGCAUACGCAGUAUAUGUACUGUAUGUACAUGUACAUUAUUAUUUACAUGUAUGUAUGUACAUUAUUAUGAUGCCGGCGGUGCUAUCAUUGUCGACCAACUAACUCUUUGUCUGCGCACGAUACCCUCGUUAUUUAGCCAUUGAUGGAUUUCCUCGCAGACGACCAUCACCAGCCCGUCGGACGAUAAAUAAUGUUGGUGUCCCCCCGCGGAUACCAUCGCUGGUGGAGAGCGUUGCUCGGACCCAUCUUCUUCCCGCGUCGAGGCUCAUCCCACGGCCAUAUCAGCGUCCUGUUGACCUCCUGCAUCGCCUUCUUUGCCGUCGUCGAUUACCUCAUCUUCACCGCGUCGUCCAUAUCCUCCCCGCGAGAGUCUACAGACACAACCGUCGUUCCCGGGAUAAGGUCCGUCUACGUGGCUAGCACGCACUGGAACAACGAGGCGAUCCUCCGCAGCCAUUGGAAUGCCGCCGUUGUGGAACUCGCAAGGAAGUUCGGGAAGGAUAACAUCUACGUUUCUGUCUAUGAGAGUGGGAGCUGGGAUGAUUCCAAAGGCGCCCUGAGGGAGCUGGAUCAACAGCUGGAGGAGUUGGGCGUCGACAGGACCAUCAUCCUAGAUCCAGCCACGCAUGAGGAUGAAAUCAAUAAACCGCCUGGAAGGGAAGGGUGGAUUGAUACUCCGCGGGGGAAAAGAGAGCUCAGACGCAUUCCGUACCUGGCCCAUAUGCGGAAUAGAUCAUUGGAGCCGUUGGAGAGGCUUGUGCAGGCCGGGAGGACGUUUGAUAAGAUUAUCUUUUUGAACGAUGUUAUAUUUUCGAUGACAGAUAUCAUAACUCUUCUCAAUACCCGCUCCGGCUCAUAUGCCGCGGCCUGCUCGCUCGAUUUCGGAAAACCAGGCCUUUUCUACGAUACAUUUGCCCUACGGGACUCGAAGGGGUCCCCUGCCUUCUCGCAGCGCUACCCCUACUUCAGUGCUAGACGCUCGCGCAAUGCUCUUAUAGCCGGCAAACCCAUCCCGGUCCAAAGUUGCUGGAAUGGGAUAGCAAUCUUCGACGCCGCGCCCUUCCAAACCAGCACCAACCCACUCCGCUUCCGCGGCAUCCCCGACUCCCUCGCCAAAUACCACCUCGAAGGCUCCGAAUGCUGCCUCAUCCACUACGACAACCCUCUCUCCGCCACCAAGGGCGUCUGGCUGAACCCCAACGUGCGCGUCGGCUAUAACCUGGUCGCCUACGAGGCUGCGGCGGCGCGCGUGUGGCCGUCGACGCUCGAUGCUGUGCUUGUAGGCUGGUGGAAGGGGUUUUUUGCGUCGAUGCUUGAUUUGCCGUGGAGGUCUAGGGCGGUUGUGGGGAGGGUUAAGAAGUGGGCGAGGGAGGGAGAGAGUUUUAAUAAUGAGAAAGAGAGGAAGGGGAAUAGAGAGGUUGGGUUGCCGUGUCUGAUCGAUGAGAUGCAGAUCAUCGUGUAUAAUGGAUGGGCGCAUGUUUGAUUUGUUCCUUUUUCCCCCUCUUUUUCCCUCGUUGUGGAGGCGUGAUAUUCAAGGGAGCUUGUUUUGACAUUUUCAUUUGCAUAUAUUUUUUUAUAUAUGUAUUAUAGAUUUUUCUUCGUUCUUUUUAUUUCUUUCCUGCUUUUUUCUAUUUCAUCGCGUCUAUUCUCUAAGAUCCCCCCUUUUUUGCUUUGGCUUGAGAACUUGGCUUGAGAACUCGAGCCGGAAAAUCAACUUUGGGAUUUCAUAAGAACAUUCCAUGUUGAGGCUGCGUGUUUUCUGGUUCCUCCUAUCUCCCCGCGCUUUCUCAUUUCUUUCAUUCUAUCAUGUGGUUGAAGAUGAAGAAAUUUACCAACUCGCAACCCCCCUCCUCCCAUCAAACCCACCCCUCAACGCCUCUGCACGCACAACCUUCCCUUUCAAAACCGUCUGCUUCACAAUCCCCUCACAAUCCGCCGGCCGCACCCCUAGCCAGCCAAAUCAUCUGCUCCGCCUCGCGCCGAUAUAUCAACACGUUCGCGGCGAACUUGUGCCCUCCCACAUGGGACACAAUAUAGGAUACCUACGCCGCCGGGCCGGGUGUCGUCCUCGUCGCGGUAGAGGCCCAGCGGGCGCAGGUGGCGCUCUAGCUCGCGCCGGAUGAGAGGGGCGGAGAUGCCGCAGCGGGCGUCGCGACGGUUAUGGGAGCAGAGGAGGAUUAGGUGGUCGCGGGGCCAGGGGCGGGUUGUUAGUUUGUGGUGGGAUGGGUGGACGGGAUGAGGUAUUUUGGCCGUUUGGUUUGGCUUCAGCUUCUUCAACUUCUAGCUUUGGUGAUGAUGAUGAUGAUAUUGUGGCGUCCUAGUCUGACUAUAUCUCUACGUCUGGCUCAGAGGGGUCUACGAAACGCUCCAUGAGCUCUGGCAGUCGCGAGACCGUUACUCUGUCGACAAAGGUGAAUGAGGGCAAGAUGAGGACCGUUGUAGCGUUCUCCUGCCCCAGUCCUUGAUCGCCAUUGGUGAUGUGGUUAAUACGCUCCGGAUCAAUGGACAAGUUCGACGCCGAAAUCAUCAUUUUCUGCGAAAAUAAAAAUAGGGCUCUUUAUUAACCAGGCGUCUCUCAAGGUGAAAAACAGAAUCUAUAGUUAUACAACACGAGAAAUACUUACCCCCCUCCUCGGUUGAAACGCCCCCCUCUUAAACCCCUCCAUCAAACUUCCCCUCUCACCCUCAACCCUGGGCGCCCAGUCCGCCCUGCCCGUCGCGACAAGUACAUGUUUGAUGAACGGCUUGACGCUCCCGUACAGCUCCCUGUUGGAAUUGAGUUUGAACCGGGCUGGGAAUUUGAUGGUGCAGUCGGCGCAGUCCUGGUCGCAGUCGGGCCCGUCGACGGCGGGAUCGACGAUGGGGAAGAGGUCUGUUUUUUUCUCGAUUGAACUGGUUUCUGGGGUGGAGAGCGAUGUGGAGGUGAAGGGGUUUUGGUAUACGAAGGAGAAGAGGGAGCGGAGCAUUGUAUUUUUCUCUCUCGCCUUUGGUACUCUUUUCACUUCUUUAUUUUUACGAAUUUUUAUAUGUUUU